AUGAAGAUACACAUAACAAUAUCGUUUUUGAUUUGCACAAUUACUUCGAGCUUGGCUUAUUUGUGUCCAACACCUCACGGAACAUAUCCACAUGAAUGGAAUAAAGCAGCAUAUUAUCGUUGUUCAGGAGGAUGCGAUUAUCAAGAAAGUUGUCCUCCAGAUACUUUUUAUUCUAAUGUAGCUGGUAAAUGUGAAAUGAAACCAGGCACUUGGAUUCCAUACUAUGAUUUAACAGGAAGAAAUCAAUGGAAUAAUAUCAUGAUGGAAAUUAUUCAAACAAGCUACAAUGUACAAUGGAUGUUUAUUCUCAGUAUUAUACUACAGUUAUUACUCGCUACCGGUGGUUACUGUCAAGAUGACAUACCUGGUCUUGAUGACAUAGCAUCUGGUUAUGAUGCAGCUAAGAUGAUUUCUGCUAGUGAACAAAAUUCCAAGUAUCGUAUUUUUGAUUUCAGUGAAGUAAGUGCGACUCCAUAUAAAAUCAAAAUAUUUGGGAAAGAGCGAGUAUUUACGAAACCUCGACACGUUCAAAUCACUGACAUCAGUCUGCGAAGACAAUCUACUUGUGAAACAGUUGCUUAUACAUUUGAGACAUUUUUUCGAAGUUAUUGUCGAUCGACUUCAUUUGGCAUUGGAAUUGGUUUACCUGGUGUAGCUAAUGUUGCAAUAGGAUAUAGUAAAACCUUGAAGGAAAUCGAACAAUCCAUGAAAAGAAAUGAUAAAGCUGUAGGAAUAUCAUCGACAUGGUGGGGUUUUUAUUCCAUUCAAAUUGCGCCUCCUUUUCUUAUGAAAUUAGAUCCAAUGUUCACUGGAAGUGUUGAGUUACUUGCUACUGAAGCACCAAAUCCAUCGAAUGAAGAUCAUCAAACAUUUUACAAUCAAUUUGUUCAAACAUUUGGAACACAUUAUGUUUCGCGUGUUAUUGUUGGUGGUACAGCGUAUUUAUAUUCAUUAAUUGACUCAAGUUUUCAUAAUAAAUCCUCAUAUCGAGAAGUAUCGAGUCAAGUUAGUUUAAUGUUUCAAUAUAAGUCGGGUAGUUUAAGUGUCGGAGAAACCCAAACAUCAGUUCUGCAAAAAAUGAGCGAAACAUUUAAGAAAAAUACAGAAUCGUUAACAAUUUUUCAACCUCCAAUACCAAAUGACGACAGUAGAUCCGACUGGGAAGUGUGGCAACGAAAAGCUAGUGAUAAUCCAGUUGUAGUUAAUCGAACACUAUUUUCUAUUGAUAGUUUAAUCAGAAGCAAACCAAGAGUUCAAGAACAUUUGCGUAAAACAAUUCAAUUCUAUUUGAGAGACGGAGUAAUGCCAACAUUUGCGCAAUUGAGUGGACGAAGUACAGGCCGUCGCAUUUCAAUUGAAUAUAAACCUAUUGGUCCCAUACAUGGACUUGAUGUUGUUGGUUGUGGAUAUGAUAUUCUAAAGAUGGAAAGUAAAUUUUGCAUUUUCGAUCAAAGUAACUUCACUGAGAAUGAACGUUGGUCAGAUCCAUACAAUAAAAAUUUGACAUAUUCCGUCCCUAAUGGCUGGUUUGUUGUCAAUACUCCUGAAUCAUUGGCACUUGAUGGCGAAAUGACAGUAACAUCUGUGGAAGAUUAUUUUCGUUCGAAAACUACUGUUACUGUUAGAAGAUCAGGUGGCUGGUUUGGCAUUGGCCGACGAACUAGUCGAACAACAGUAACGGAGUUUUAUCGUCGUUUUUAUCAAGAUUACUAUAAUUUGGUACUUCGAAUGAAACAAAUUGGCUGGUAUACAUUAUCGGUGUCAGCAUUUCCCUAUCCAAAAUUAAAUCCUAUAUUUCAACAAGCAUUGGAUAGUUUGCCAGUAUAUUUCGAUGCAAACGAUAUAAAAAUUUGGAAAGAAUUUUUUGAAACCUUCGGAACGCAUGUUGUUGUAUCAUCGAACAUGGGAGGUCAAGUUUGGGCAGAAACCUGGUAUGAGAAAUGUUUAACUUAUGAACAUUCACAAAGAUGGAUUGAUGAACAAGUAUCAAGAAAUUGGUUUGGAUUUAGAGUAGGUGUCAAAAACAUAAAUGAUUACACAAAAACAGUUGACGAACGUUUCAAACAACAUUCUAUUUUUACAUCUGAACUAUUAGGUGGUACUGAAUCUAUUGAUCCAUCGGAAUGGGAAAAGUGGGCACCAACAAUUAAAACAAAACCUCGAGCUAUUUCUUAUCGUCUUCUCGCAUUAGACGAAUCCCUACCGCCAGGUGAUCUACGUAACGCAGUUAAAGCAGCAAUUAAUUAUAUUUUAACUACAGCUGAAAAAGAAGAACUUCGUUAUGUAAGUCAAUUAAAAAGUAUGCGAGAUCCACCGCAGAAAAAAUGUAGUCGUAAUGAAAUUCGUACAAAACGAUCUUCAGAAACAACUCCGGAAGAAGAAGCAAAGAAACAAUUCUGUCCCUACAUUGGAUAUAAAGGACAAGAAUGUCUUGGAUCACAAAUCAGAGGGCGAUCUUUAAUAGCAGCCAAUGCUACCCGACUACCUAUUGGUGUUGGUAUGACACUUGAUAUAACUACAGGUAGACUACUUCUUCCUGCAUUGGAAAAUAACUUUUUUGGAAACAAUUAUUGGAUUGAUCCUAACACGAAUAGAAUGUAUCAAGCUCCUCGUGGAAUCACAUUUCCGAGAAUUAGUCAAGACGAAAAUCGACCUGUUUCUCGUGUCUUUCUCUCGGCAGCUGAAUUAUCAAAUGAAUGGAAAUAUGAAAGAUUGCGAGGAAGUUGGCUAGGUGGCGAAUUUGGUCAUUCGAAAUCAUUACUUGAUAUUUACAGUCGAUUUUUUUCAAAGAAUCAAGCAACAGCUAUUACACAGAAACCAACAGUUUUAUAUCGAUUACGUGUUGAAAAUCUCCGAUUAAAUCAAUAUGCCCGAGAGGCCAUCGAGAAACUACCAGCUAUAUAUAAUGAAACUUUAUAUGAUGAUUUCUUACAAAAUUGGGGUACACAUAUAGUACAGCAAGCUCUUGUUGGAGGAAUGCGGGAGCAACAAGUUCUUUUUAAAGAUUGUGUAUUUUCAUUCAAUGGUGCCAUUACAUCAGAUAAUUUAAAUGAAUAUCUCAGAAGAGAUAUUCUCUCGCAAACACUUGGAAAUAGUUUUUAUGCUGAUCGUCGAAAGAUUAAUGUUGAUCAUAUAGUUGGCGGUGAUCCAACUGAAAAAAAUGAAACACGUUGGCUACAAACAUUGGCUGCUAAUCCUGCUUUGUUGAAAAUCGAAGAAUAUGUUCCUUGGUCAGAUUUGAUUCAGAUCGAUCGAAGUGUACGUGAAAAUUUAAGAAGAAUCAUUCAAUCUCGUACGAUAGCAGCUGAUCAAAUUCGAAUUGAUGAAGAAAAUCAAUUGAACGAACAACGUCUUAAUGGAAGCUUUUUGGAAAAAGAUGGUUAUAUCGGUCUUCUAAGUAAUGGUGUAUGCAAUAUUAUACCUGCAACAUUUGGUUCUGUAAAAGAUUGUUCCGAAGGAUGUGCAACUCAAGCAAUGGUAAGAGUCAAUCAAGAUUUUCUCGAUAAUCAACAGCUGUUUUAUGUACGAGAUGAAACAACUGGAUUUAUUCGCAGUCGAACACGUAUCGAUGGACAAACAGUACUUGAAGGACCUCUAGUUAAUGCCGGAUGUUCAUCGAUUGCAACCGGAAGAGAACCGACGGUAUCUGCUCAUAUAUGUGUCUCGUGUGAUUUAGUCAAUAGCUUUCAAAAUCAAUGUGCAUGUGUUUGUCCAAGAUAUCCAUCAUCGAGCUAA